CCGAACCCGGAGAGCGCCCGGCACGGCGGCCGCCGACACAGCAGCGGUCCUAGCUCGCCGAGCCCCGAGCCCCGCGGUUCACGGGCAGCCCCGGGCGGACGCUGCUGAGGGCGCGCGAGGCGGCGCGGGGCGGCCCGCACGCGCCCCCGGCCGCCCCCUGCCCGUGAGCGGACCGGCCCAGCGCCGCCCCGGCGCGGGGAGCGCCGGCCGGGCGAGGGCGCGGGCGAUGCCGCGGUGACGGCCCCGCCAUGGCGAAGCCCCCGGCGGCGGCGGCGGCGGCGGCGGCGGCGUCGGAGGAGCUGAGCCAGGUGCCGGACGAGGAGCUGCUGCGCUGGAGCAAGGAGGAGCUGGCGCGGCGGCUGCGGCGCGCCGAGGGCGAGAAGGUGGGCCUCAUGCUGGAGCACGGCGGCCUGAUGCGCGACGUGAACCGGCGGCUGCAGCAGCACCUGCUGGAGAUCCGCGGCCUCAAGGACGUGAACCAGCGGCUGCAGGACGACAACCAGGAGCUACGCGAGCUCUGCUGCUUCCUCGACGACGACCGGCAGAAGGGGCGCAAGCUGGCGCGCGAGUGGCAGCGCUUCGGGCGCCACGCGGCCGGCGCCGUGUGGCACGAGGUGGCCCGCUCGCAGCAGAAACUGCGCGAGCUCGAGGCGCGCCAGGAGGCCCUGCUGCGCGAGAACCUGGAGCUCAAGGAGCUGGUGCUGAUGCUGGACGAGGAGCGCGCGGCGCUGGCGGGGGCUGGGGGCGGCGCGGGCGGCGGCGGCGGCGGCGCGGGCUCCCGCAGCUCCAUCGACAGCCAGGCCAGCCUGAGCGGGCCGCUGGCCGGCGGUGCGGCGGGCGCGGGAGCCCGCGACGUGGGCGACGGCAGCAGCACGUCGAGCGCGGGUAGCGGAGGCAGCCCGGACCACCACCACCACGUCCCGCCCCCCCUGCUGCCCCCCGGGCCGCACAAGGCCCCCGACGGCAAGGCAGUAGCCACGCGCCGGUCCCUGGACGACUUGUCCGCGCCACCGCACCACCGAAGCAUCCCCAACGGCCUGCACGAUCCCUCGUCCACCUACAUCAGGCAGCUGGAGACCAAGGUGAGGCUGCUGGAGGGUGACAAGGCCCUCCUCGCGCAGUUGGCCCGUCCCUACGGCCGCCCGAGAAGCUGGCUUCAGCAGGCAGGCUCUGGAGAGUUCCGGACUCUGCGGAAAGGCUUCUCCCCGUACCACUCGGAGUCCCAGCUGGCGAGCCUGCCGCCCUCCUACCAGGACUCCCUGCAGAACGGCCCAGCUUGCCUGGUACCGGAGCUGUCCUCGCCCCCCUCCGCCGGCUACAGCUCUGCGGGACAGAAGCCAGAGGCUGUUGUGCACGCCAUGAAGGUCUUGGAGGUGCACGAGAACUUGGACCGGCAGCUCCAGGACAGCUGUGAGGAGGACCUGAGUGAGAAGGAGAAGGCCAUCGUCCGCGAGAUGUGCAACGUGGUCUGGCGGAAACUGGGGGACGCGGCCAGCUCCACGCCCUCCAUCCGGCAGCACCUGUCUGGGAACCAGUUCAAGGGGCCUUUGUAGGGCCGCGCCUCCGUGGACGUGGACUGGCCCCGCGGGGCGCCCAGGACAAGUCGCAGCCACCACGUUCGUUUCCUGUGGUGAAUUGUACAUAGGCCGCCGCCCGCCGUGGCCCGGGCACCCUCCGUCUCCCUCCUCACACACCAGCACACGGAGGACGAGAGGCUGCCGGCCGGGCCCCGCGGCGGAGCGGCCCCGACAGCCUCGUUCCUGCUCUGGGGCCCCACUGCCGAGAGGCCGAAGGCCGCUCUGGGACGCCGGGUCCCGGGUCACCCCAGGCUGGGCCCGGCCUUGGCGGAGGGGAGCCUUCCACCCCCGGGCUGCCACCCGCGCUGGGCAGAGGCCACUGGCCGCGAGACCUGACGCAGGGGGCACCGCUUCUCACCCCUCCGCUGUGGCCUGACCACCAGCUCACCGAGCACUGCGUCCCGAGUCGCGGACAGGGAAGCUUGGUGUGAGUGGCCGGCUGGAGGCCCCGAGGCCCUUCCUUUGGCAACCCCCCUCCCCCACCCCCAUGCCCAGCUCCCUGCUGCAAGCUGCUGCUUGGUUUCAGGGUUCUUGCCCCCAGCCCCAAACACACACACUCGCUGCAGAGUCCCCCCACCCCGGGCCAGGUCGUGCCCUAGGUUUUCGGGGCCCUCCUGCCCAGUGCCCGAGGCCUCUCCAGUUCUGUGGUUCCCAUGACGGGCCAGGGAGGUAGGAGGCUGAGCCCCACGCUCGCUCUCUCUAGGUGGGCAGCACCGGGCUGAGCUGGGCCUCUGGUAGCCCCCAGAGCCCGGCCCUAGCCGGGGUCGCUGUGGACAGAGCUGCACGGACUGGCCCUUAGGAGACUUCUGCCCUCUCUGGAAGGAGCCUGAUCUGGCUCUGGCUUUAAUUGGCUGUGUGACCUUCAGCAAGUCACUCCGCUUCUCUGGGCCCCUGGUGGGAAAACGAGGUCUCAGGUUCUCUGGGCCGUGCUCACCACCCAAGGCCACCGGCUUUGUUCAGCCUGGGCCUCCGUCACGGCCCGCGCGCCCAGGGGGUCCAUCCAGCCAGAGGCCGCUGCUGGCGGGGCUGGAUGGAGCCGGGGACUGAGUGGGCUUCCGCUUCCUUGCUGCCUCCUCAAAGGUGCUGUCACCUCCCCUCUCUGAGCCUCAGUGUCCUCCACUGGAGAAGGGACGGCCUCAGGCCCUCCUCGCAGGGCUCGGGAUCAAACGAGACCUUCAGUGUAAAUGACCAUGUACAAACUAUAGAGUGUGAUAGAGAAACGUUGAAAUGGUGGGGCAGGUGAGGCCCAGAGGGUGGGUGAUCGGGGGCACAUUACAGACGAGCUCCCGGAUGCUGGGAGGUGGGCGGGCCACCGUGAAUGCUGUUGGCCCUGGCCCUGACGGCCACUCGGUCCCUCCCUCGUCCCCCACUGUCCGGUGGUGCUCAGCUCCGUGCCGCAAGCGCUUGAAGAGCCCAGAAGAUGGCUUUUGCAGCAGGCAGGCCUCGUCCAGGCCCGCAUGACGGACGGGGGCCAGGCGAGGGGAUGGGGGAGGCCACCCUGUCCCUAGAGCCCCAGCGGGAACUCUGCGCCCUUGCCGCCAUCUGUCGGCCAUCGGCACCCUUGGGUCGGUCGUACACUCAGGGGAAAGGCUCGCAGCCCUCGUUGUGCCCAGGGAGUGCUAAGUGGGUGCUGGUGACAGCGACAGGCAUGUUCCUCUUGCCCUGGGUGUUACAGGGAGCUCUGGGCUCUUCCUGGAGGAAGCUUGCCAGCAGGUCAGGUGGUGAGCUACCUGUCACUAGGGGUAUGCAUUUGAAGCUGGGGAACACCCUUGGUCAUGGUACCAGGCAAUUCUUGCCCUAGUGGGCAGUGAGCUGGGGGGCAGAGGCCCCCCUCUGGAUCUUGGGAGUCCAAAGAACCACAGAGCAGCCCGGGGGGGCGGGGGAUGGGUCCAUUUUGGGUGGAAGCCACACCUGGGAGCCCAGCUGUCAUGUCUGGAUCAGGUUGGCUUGGCCACCACUGAAAAUAAGCAAUAAGUAAGGGCUCCUGGUAUCUGCAGACCUGCAAACUGGCCCAGGGAAGAACAGCUUUGACGGGACCGUCCCCGCUCCGGAAGGAAGGGACCCUGUCCCUCGUGCUGUGGUGGCGUUCAGGGGUCAGGUGGAGCGUUUCUGCCUGGACCCUCCUGUACCCCGUGGAGGCAGCAGAACCAGGCGCAGACCCACCGCUGCUCGUGUUCCUGAGCCAAGUGCAUGGGGAUGGCUUUCAAGGACAGAACUGUACCUGUGACAGUCAUCUAACGUAAUAAGCUGUUAAAAAAAAAAAAAAGAGCCAGCAGCACCCCUGCCUGACCCCACGGGGCAGGGGGUGGGUGGGUGCAGUGGGAGCCCACAGGCUGGGAAGGGUCAGAGGAGCCUCACGAAAGGGGCAGCCAGGGGCCAGGUGAGCACGAGUCCCAGCCCUGCCAGCAACACGGACGUGUGUCUGGUGACGUCGGGUGACCCUCCUCCCCUCCGGAGCCUUAGCUGUAGCAGCUCACGGUGGGGGGAGGGGUGUUGCUGAACUUGGUGCCCCUUCAUAAAGGUCCCUUUACCUUUCAGAUACUCUGAUUCUAGAUCCUGAAGCCCCGUGUGACACCUGGACUGGGGCUUCAGUUCCCACUGUGAUGGAUGUCACCCUUCCAGCCUCACGCCAGGUGGCCAAGCCCAUCCUGGGAUCAGAGUCUGCUGAGCACAUUUUUUUAGGGUGGCACAUUUUUAUCCAAAAGUUACUAGCUACACAUCAGUGUUUAAAGAGAAAAAAGUGACCUUUCAUUUUUUUUUUCUUGGAAACUUGAGAGGAAACAAAAUACAUACUACUGAUUUUUUUUUUUUUUUUUUUUUAAGAAACAAGCUAAAUGCAUGACUGCAGAGCGGUAGAGGUGUAUAUUUUUCAUACUGUAGGGGGGAGUAUUUGUGCUGCUUUCUGGACUUGGGCUGGAACAUUCGGUUCCCGGCCCCGGGCCGUCAGCCAUGCUGUUUUCCAUGGUGGGUGACUGCCGUGGGAACCGGGGCCAGCCCCUCGCCCGGCUCCAGGAGGAGCUGGGAGCUGUGGACCCCUGUGCCCGUUUCUACCUUCCACUGAACCACUUUGAUUUGGGGAGAGAAAGAGAGAUAGAACUUUUGAUAGUGUGGUAAAAACAUUGAUUUGAACUAUUUUAGUAAAAGGAGGAACAGAAGAUUGUGAUCGUGUAUACUUUGCGCUAGAUAAAUAAAGGCUCUUGGCAAG